UGUAAGUGGCCUUUCUGUCCCCCCUCUGGGCGUGGCUGUGCGCUGUUGUGUUGGGGCUCCGCCCGGCUUCUGUUCAGCUGCUGUGGUGAGGGAAACGCAAAAUGGCGGACGGAGAGCUGAACGUGGACAGUCUAAUCAGCCGACUGCUGGAGGUACGAGGAUGUCGGCCUGGGAAGAUUGUGCAGAUGACAGAGGCAGAAGUGCGAGGGCUUUGUAUAAAAUCUCGUGAGAUCUUUCUGAGUCAGCCAAUCCUGUUGGAGUUGGAAGCCCCGUUGAAGAUCUGCGGUGAUAUCCAUGGACAGUACACGGAUUUACUGCGGUUGUUUGAAUAUGGUGGUUUUCCUCCAGAAGCCAAUUACCUAUUCCUUGGGGAUUAUGUGGACAGAGGGAAGCAGUCACUGGAAACCAUUUGCCUGCUGCUGGCAUAUAAAAUCAAAUAUCCAGAAAAUUUCUUCCUUCUCAGAGGAAACCAUGAGUGUGCGAGCAUCAACCGGAUCUACGGCUUCUAUGAUGAAUGCAAACGGAGAUUCAACAUAAAACUGUGGAAGACUUUUACAGACUGCUUCAAUUGCCUGCCUAUUGCUGCCAUUGUGGAUGAAAAGAUUUUCUGUUGCCAUGGAGGUCUGUCACCAGAUCUGCAGUCCAUGGAACAAAUUCGCAGAAUCAUGAGACCAACAGAUGUUCCCGACACAGGGUUGCUGUGUGACUUACUGUGGUCAGAUCCAGAUAAAGAUGUGCAAGGCUGGGGCGAGAAUGAUCGUGGCGUUUCCUUCACAUUUGGAGCAGACGUCGUUAGUAAAUUCCUGAAUCGCCACGAUCUAGAUCUGAUCUGUCGGGCCCAUCAGGUGGUAGAAGAUGGGUAUGAAUUCUUUGCCAAGCGUCAGCUGGUCACCCUCUUCUCUGCUCCCAAUUAUUGUGGCGAGUUUGAUAACGCCGGGGGCAUGAUGAGCGUCGAUGAGACCUUGAUGUGCUCUUUUCAGAUUUUGAAACCAUCGGAAAAGAAAGCAAAAUACCAAUACGGGGGAUUGAACUCUGGCCGCCCAGUGACGCCUCCUCGGACAGCCAAUCCCCCAAAGAAGAGGUGAAGUGGAUAGCCGCACGAUGAAACACCAUGUGAUCUCCAUCAAGACAAACUCCACCUUAUAAUAAGUGUGCACUGUAACAUCACCCAGCCAUUCUGAUCCCCCUUUUACAACAUCACCUGCAUUUACCUUCAUGAGACGGGUAAAAGAUUAUCAGAUAGAGAAAAACGUAACAAAAAAAAGGCCUAAACCAAAUUGUCCAAAAUUGCAGCAUUAAAUAAGCACCUUAUACAGGCUGAUUUGCUGUUGCCGACUCAUCGCUGCACAAAUAAAUGCUGAGGGCCCUGAGAGGUGCGCAGGAAAUUCGGCAAUUCUGAAAGCCAAAGUUCUAUGAUAACAUUCUCUCUUAUUCGCUUUACUGGCUGAAUCUUCAGUGCAUCCACCAACUGACCAUAACCGCAGGAAUUAAUACGAUUUUUUUUUUUAUUAUUCCUAUUCAAACAUCCAGCGCCAGAGGAGUUUGCAGUGCACGGGUGCCCACUCCUCUGGCUUUGAAGGGGUUAAACUUUAUCGUUGCCUCUAAUGUUCACUGCUUUUACCUUCUUUACUCUGUGUGUGUGUGUGUGUGUGUGUAAUUAGCCAUCGUUUCCAGGUUGCACCAACUGUUCACCAACGUGUGCUCUGCAGUAUUUGGCCACUCCCCCUUCAACAAGCUUUGUUUUUGUGUUUAUUUUUUCUUCUGUUUUUCUUUUUGUCUGUUGACACAUGACCACUUUUUCCCCGUUAAUCGGCUCUGACAUUAAAGAUGACUUUUGCUCCUUGC